AGACCUCUCACGGCCGCCAGCGUGUGGGCAUUGCGCAUGCGUAGUGCGCGAAGGCGGAAGUGUUUCUGGCUGACGGUGGCGCUCGAGGUGCGGAUCCUGGUGGGACUCCCGCUUCCUUUCCUUCCGAGGCGCCUCCCGCCCGUUCAAUGACGGCGACCUAACCCGUCUCCCCCCACGGGCAGCGUCCAGCGAGUUGAUGCGGUUCUCCGGGAGACGGCAACAAGUUCCUCGGCGACACGUUUAAAGGCUGCUCCUCGGACCACUGUGCAUCAUGUGGAGAAAGGCGUCCGCGGCGGCCCUGCUGGCCCUGGCGGUCGGUUGCCUCUACCACGGCUGCCCCGAGCUUCCCGAGCAGCUCCUCCAGUACAUCAGCCCGGCCGACCCCCGUUCGUCCCCGCAGAGCCAGCGCCGCCUGGAGCAGGUCAUUUCCGACGCGUGGGACUCGCUGAUCACGUUGCCCGCGCGCCGGUGGAGCAGAGUGGCCGUAGGGGUGAACGCCUGCGUGGACGUGGUGGUGUCCGGAGUGGGUCUGCUGCAGGCACUGGCCCUGGACCCCGGCAGCGGCCUGGAUCACGAGGUGCUGCACUCCAAAGAGGACCUGCGCGAGGCCUUUGUCCAUUACAUGGAGCGCGGGGCGGCCGCCGAGCGCUUCUUCAGCGACAAGGAGGUCUUCCGCAGGAUCGCCCGGGCGGCGGCCGAGUAUCCCGGUGCCAAGCUGUACGUCGGCGGGAACGCCGCCCUCAUCGGUCAGAAGCUCGCCACUUAUCCGGAUCUCAUGGUUUUGCUGUGUGGACCUGUGGGGCCUAAACUUCACGAGAUGCUGGAUGAGCAGAUCGUCGUUCCUCCAGGCUCUCUGCAGGAGAUGGACGAAUACCAUCUCAUCCUGGAAUACAAAGCAGGUGAGCAAUGGGGCUUAACGCGGGCGCCCCAAGCCAACCGCUUCAUCUUUUCGCACGACGUGUCCAACGGGGAGAUGAGCUCCCUGGAGACGUUCGUGGCGAGCCUGGAGGAGUUCCGGCCCGACUUGGUGGUCCUGUCUGGGCUGCACAUGAUGGAGGGCCAGGGCAGGAAACUGUGGGAGGAGCGGCUCAAAGAGGCGGUGGCAGCCAUAUCGGACAUUCGAAAGGACACCCCCAUCCACUUGGAGCUUGCAAGCAUGACUGACAGAGACUACAUGAACAGUCUCAUGCAGGAGCAGGUCAUGCCCAUUGUCAGCUCCAUCGGGCUGAACGAGCAGGAGCUGCUGUUCCUCUCUCAGGCCGGCGGCGGACCUCACGCUGAGCUUGCCGCGUGGAAGGGCGUCCCCGACGUGGGCCAAGUCAGCGACAUCCUCCUGUGGAUCCUGGAGAGCCACGGCCGCAGCGACCCCUCGUCGGAAGCCGACCUGACCCGCGUCCACUUCCACACGCUGGCCUACCACGUGCUGGCCACGGUGGACGGCUACUGGGCCAACCAGGCGGCGGCGGUGACGGCGGGGGCGCGCGUGGCCAGCAGCCAGGCGUGCGGCACCCGCGCCGUCGACGCCGCCAAGGUCGAGCUGAAGGCGCCGCUCCGGUUUCACAGUUCGCACUCGGAGUCGGGGGCGGCGCUGUCCCUCGACCCGGCGGCCCCGGUGACGGUGUGGCGUCGGGGUAACGUCACGUUUCACAUGACGCCCGUGCUGGUGUGCAAGCAGCCGCUUCGGACGGUCGGGCUCGGCGACGCCAUCUCGGCAGAGGGACUCGUUUACUCAGAGUUAAAGAGCCAGGAGUCCUUCUGACCCUCGCAGGUGUUUCUGCGUCUUCCUCUGGACACUUUGCAAAUCCUGCGUGCGAACACGUCACCCGCCUCCGCUCGAGGUUGGAUCCUAUGCACGGGUAAAGUGGUCGGAACCGCGCUGUCUUUGAGUUAAAGGGACUUACAAAAUUUUGCUCCAAUAUUUUGAUGUUGGUUGUGCCUCGCGUCGCAAAAGGCUCGCAAAGUUUCAGGAAGUUUCCACAGGAAGUCAAGCUGGUGAAAUUUGGGAAUACAGAGAAAACUUGCAUUUUUGCAAUUUUAUAGUUGUUUGAUUAGUGUGGCAUUGGAUCCCCUUCCAGACACGACCUCCUCUUUUAUUCCGUAUUCCGAAUUGGAAGCUUUCCAUGGGAGUUGAGGGUGAUCCUUUCCCAGAAAAAAUGUAAACAUUUUGCUUCAUCAUAAGUUGACAUCCUUGCAAAACGGCGAGCUUGCCUUGCCCACACACGAGGGCACAACACAAUCUUAAUUGCGCUUUUUUUUGACUGGCCGUGUUAUUAAAGCUAGCUUGUAAUUCACCUUUCGUAACACUAUGUACCAACCAAAAAAUUGUUUUUCUCUUGAAAACAAUAAAUAAUAAAAUUAGGUUGGGGUGCUCGCAAGUCUGAAUGGAUUAGCCCAAAAUACAUUUCCCCAGAUAAUAUGUACUGUUACAUUCCUCAUUAGUAUUGCCUCAUUUGAUGACCAAUAAAGGAAGAAGAGCCGGGGUCUGUUUUGUAAGUUCCGUUUAAUUCCCAUGGAAAGUUUCCAAAUUCCCAGAAAUUUUGCAACCAUAGGUGUCCCCUCAGAGAAGUCGCGCAUAUUCAAGUUUUUAGGUCCAAAUGGGCAAAGACACAGAGGCUACAUCCACACGCAGAUAUUUUUGGAAAAAGUAUCCUGGGGUAGAAACUACAGGAAAGGGGAACAAAUAUAACAGGAAGUCAAACACCAAGUAACUUCUCAGUUAUUCAUUUGUAGGCUAACUGUCAAAUGCUCGUUGGACAAAAGUCGUCGUACAUGUGCUUGUUUAAUUUGUUGAUGACUCAAAAUUGUCCAUAGGUGUGAAUUGUUGUGCACAGUCCAGGGUGCGACCCAGCUUUUGUUCACAAGAGUUGACUGGGAUAGCCUCCAGCUCUAGAUUCUAGAACUUGAUCCUGUGACGGUGUGGACGUGGCCUUCCGAGGAAAAUAUUCACAUUGAAAUGAAAAUUGACUUGACGUUUAUUUUGUAGACCGUCUGUCACACUUUGCGUUUUUCUUACUUUUUUGGAUUUGUGUACAAAAAAAAGUACAUGUAGAGUUCCUUGGGAGAGUGUAGAAGGUAUUCAAAGUUUUUUUUUUCUUUCCCCGAGAUGAUGAUUCUACUUUUAAAGGUGCAAAGCACAUAACAAAUAUUACUGUGACCGUCCGAAGUGGAAAAUAAUGUUUCAGGUUGUUGUCAUUUUAAAACAGAUUUUUUUUUUUGCCCCCGUUUGUGGGAAUUAAUGUAUCGUGGUCAUCGUAAAAACAUUGCCAACAUUGAGAUGUUAACUACAUUGUAAUUAAUCUAAGACUAAAAACUUGCCUGCAGUACUGUCAGACCGUGUCAUGAUGCAGUAUAAUCCAUUUUUUGUUUUGUUGGUUAUCACGUCUUCUUUGCCAUCAUUGGCAUUACGUGAAAAAAAAAAAGCCAAAGAAAUAUCAUAAGGCAUUUAUUUGUCUUGGUUUUUCUUUUUUUGCAGACUUCACAUCUAAGCAAGACUUUUGUUUGACUUUUGAGGCAGAUUUUGAAGAUUUUUUGUUGAAGUCCGAAUUGUUCCGACUUUGGAAAUUCCAAUGUACAUUCGGUUGACUGAAAAAUUAAGUUUUGACUUCAUUUUUUUUUCGUGCUCCAAUUACCUCAGCUGGCCAAGCGAAGGCACUGAAAUAUGGCGUCUUAAUGCAAAGCCGACUUGGCAAUUUUAGUUGAUCACGUGGGACUCUUUGCACUAGUACAAAGAAGGGCGGGGUGGCGGGCGGGUGGGCCGCAAAGGUGAAUGUAACUUUGCCCCCUCCCUUAGCAAGUACAAUCUAGUCCAUUGUGUGUCUCUUAACAUGUCAUUAAACUUUGUACUGUAAUGUGUCUCGUGCUAGCCGAACUGUGAUGGAAAGAAAUGAAACACAGAUGAGAUGACUUCAUAAGAAAUAUUCCUAUGUACAUGUAUUUUUUUUUUUCUUCAUAAAACAAGGGUGGAGGAGAAGGUUUUUUUUUUUUUUUCAACGGUGGCCAUUUUAGUUUUCUAAGGGCCGUACUAAAUGUAUGAAAAUGUAUGAUGGAAAGAUCGAAUAAAUGCUGAUUGUUAUACAUGA